AUUCAAAACACUCAAAUACUCGAGAUUCCAGGAUUUUUAUUUUUUUGGAUGGAUAUGUAUUAAAAUAAAAAAGUUUUUUUCUGAAGGUUUCCUUUAUCAGCUCCAGUUCCAUGAGGAGUUGAUGGAUGGAACCAAACGAAUGUCAUGUGACACGAUGACAUCACUACAGUCCUUCAAAUCAAAACACUUCUCCUGAAGAGGCUGUGAGUGAACCAUGUCUCCUGAACUCUUUUUCCUGACUCUCUGUCCUCUCUUCCUGAGCGCAUAUCAGACUCCUGAGGACAAGGAGGACAUCUUCACCUCCCGCUCGUGUCCUGCGUUCCUGGUGUUCGAUAACGCAGCCUAUGUGGCUGACAUGACCGUGGAGCUUCCCUGUCACUGUAAACCAGCAGACAUUCUCUCAGUGGUGUGGUACUAUCAGAAACACCUCGGCCCCGACGACGCCAAGGUCCUGACCGACUUCUCGGGUACGGCCAUCACAGAUUCGUCCAAAACGGGAAGUGAGGUGAACCUGCGCGAGCGCUUUUCCAUCCGUUUGUUCAGCUUGCUGAUCUUCAGGGCUCAGCAGGACGACUCCGGGCAUUACGUCUGCGGCACAGCUUCGGGACAGUUCUUCUACGGCUAUGAUGUAGACGUUCAAGUCGCUCGGAAUGUUCUUUUUCCCUGGAAUAUCAGACAACGAGUGGAACUCCAAUCUGGUCCCAGCGAGCACUUCCGAGUGUUUACCAGCUACUGGUCCUGGUCCGUGUGUGACCGGUGCGACGUGCCGGGUGAGCAGGUCCGAGUGGGGCUCUGUUAUGUCAUGAGUGAAUAUCUACAAGUGCGCUACCUCAGAGAGAUCAGAAACGUCACAUCAUGCGGUUCCUCUGCCGUUCCUCAGCGCUUCGGUUUGAGCGGAGUGGACCAUGGGGCAGAACUUGAUGUCAGAAGUUGUGAAACUUUCUGCCCUCCUAAACCUCCGCUGAAUCCAAAGCGACAAGCUCUGCUGGAGUUCCUCGGGUAUGACAAUCCGGCUUCUCCAGAGCUUCAGGUCUACUACCACAACCAUGAAACGAACACAGAUCUUGUCCUGUUGUGUCCCAAAGCCAGGCCGCAGGACGCGGUGGCGUGGGAUAAAGGCUCUACGCCGCUGUAUCGCUCUCUGUACAUGGAGGCCGUGGAUCCGGGCGCACGUGUCUUUAUAGAUUUAGGUCACCAUCUUCACUUCAGGCCCGUGAGAAUGGAAGACAAAGGAAGCUACUACUGCUGGAUCCAAGGCAAAAAGACUGCUGAGAUCAGACUGGGCGUGUACACCAGACUCGGACGCCAACGUAGCAUCAGCGACCCGGAGUCUCUCUUCGGCUUGAGCGUCAUCCUUCUGUGCUAUGCCGUCCUCACCGCCGUGUUUCUCCUCAUCAUAACCGCUCGAUUCAUCCACGACCUGAUCACAGAGCUAAGGGCUUCGAAUUAGCAUCCAGUAAACUAUAUUUAAAUCUUCUAUUGCCCUGGAAUUUCUUUUUAUAAUGGAUAAAGCUACUUUAGUCAGGACGCUCAGUAAGAAAAUGUAAAACAACAUGCAGAACAGUUCUUGAUUUCAGAAACAUCACUGCAAAUGCACGCUAAUAAAGAAUAUAUACUUUUUAAAAAUGCACGCAGCUAAGAAUCAUGGUUCUUACAGUGGGAUUUCGGCUGCAUCUCUAGCUCACUAGGUAGUGAAUCAGUAUAGUGUACACCAGGUUCACUACACACUGAGACACGCAGCUUCCGUUCACUUUACAAACACAAACAUUUACAAUAUUUCAAUUUUCUAUGUCAUAUUAGAGUGUUAGCUUAGCUUAAUCACGUGCAUUUCUGUCACAAGCAGGAUCGUAGGCUAGCUAGCGGAUUUUUAAACUCGUUAAAAGCUGAGAAGUGGUUAGACUCAAACAAUCUG